AUGUCAGUACGAGUUCACUCGUUGAACAGUCAGCACCCACCGUAUCCUGAGCUCUUCGAUCCGGUUCAACCGGCCCUUCGAAAGCAACUCGAUGCGCUGCAUUCACAAUUCAUCGCCUCGCAUAGCUUCAUGGCGUUCUUGGCACGGAAUGGUAGCGAAGGAUCGUCAGCAGCGACACCGAUGGAUGACGCUCAACUCAUGCCAUAUCCAUAUCUUGCUCCAACAUCGACCUUGAUUCGCGAGCCUGGCAGGAGGAUCAGGGGCUCGAAAACCCGUGCCUAUUCGUGUGAUGCAUCGUCCAGUCGUGACACUGAGGACUCAUCUCGAGCGAUAGCUGUGGAUCGUGAGCGGAACGUUUUUAAGCACACAGACGGAUCCAUUCGGCAUGAUCUACCAGAAGCACGUGAAGCCUUUGCAAAUGUGCUAUCAGAAAGGCUGGAUAUAAUCAGUAAAGAACUGGAGAGAUGCGACGAAAACACCUAUGCUCGAGAUUUACCGAGAGAUCUGGCAGCUUGCUCCCUUCUGCCAUCCCUGCACGACAGUCGUAUACUUGAAGAGACGACGAGUGAUGAGGAAGUGGAGAAGUAUGUGGGGCGAAUAGACGGUACUCGACGCCGAUCAGAGUCAACCUCACCACUGGUGUUUAACUUCCGGCAGAACAGAGAGAAUCACUAUGAGAACGGUUUUGCCCCACCACCAUCCCAGGGUCUGCAUCUUCAAUUCCCGGAUGUUCCAACGCCACCUCCCUUCCCGACAACUAGCAAGUCCAUGGACUAUCGAUUCUCUGACUCGAGUGGAUUCUGCAGUUCAGAAAGCGCAUAUCUUUCGGAUAAAAGUUUUGGAAGAAGGAAAAUGAAUUUUGACUUCCAUCCACAUCAUUUGGGAUCAACCAGCCUCUCCAGGAGGCAGCACCCGUCGAUCCCUCCACAAAAUGUAUUCGCUUCGUUGCAAUUUCGAACGAUAGCGCCAUCGUUGACACUGGUGCUACGAGAGAACGGUCAGCCACCAAUGGUGGCGAAAAUCCCUUCCGAAUUGAUCACACUGGCACGAUUUCGACGAACGUUUGGCAUUUCUCGGGCGGAGGACAGAAGAUUCUUGUUCAAAAGCACUUGCGAAGACGGCUCGGCUCCUUUCCAGUGGAGCCUCAUCACAGAUGACGAUGCCGUCUUGCCAAUGUUUGAUGGCAAAAUCACCGCGGAAUGUCGUCAUUUCACCGAUUCCGAUUGA